AUGGCAAGUCAGCCGUGGCUGAGCGAGUCCUGCUUUCCAGCGUUUUUCGUGCGGGCAGAUUCGUUGCCGCUUUUCUCGAGGUGUUUCGCUGAGGACAGGGACGGAAGUAACCAGCAGCUACCCGAGACGCCCCUGAUUCGUCUGUCUGUUGCUGAGCUGCUGAAGGACUCUCGAGAGAGCUUGCUCUGCGACGUGGGCGUUUUCACGGGUGCUUUCAACGCGCUUCUGGGGCCCUGCGGACACGCUCCAGUCUUUGUGCGUCGAGCCGCGGAGGCUGUAGAGUCUGAACCCGCCACGUUGGCGGCGCGCUUGCAGGUACCCUGCUGUGAGACAGGUCACGAAGGACGCCGUUGGACGGGCUCGUCGGGCGUCGAUGGGCAUCCUCGCGAGACUCCAGUGAAAGGCCAGUUCACGCAGUGGUCGCGCUUCAGGUUUCAGACGCCGGCGAUGCUGCGGCGGAGGCCGGGAAGGCCGUGGAGCGAGACCGGGGUCAAAGUCUCCAUGCCUGCGCCCGUACGUCGUCGACGUGGGGUCGCCCUCGUGUUCAGAGCCGACGCCUGCAUCCCGUCGAGUGGAAACUCAGGAGACGCUGCAGCUCGCCGCACGGCCACGGCCGCUGGAGAAAAAGUCAUGAAAGAGAACGCAGCGAAGGCUCUGAAGGCGUUUCGCGCAGUGCACAGCGAAAUCGACCGCGGCGAGAAACUCCGCAGCCUGCUCGGCAUCCAAAAGUACACGGAGGAAGCCAAGCUGAAGCAAAUCGUCACGAUGGAGCCGAAUGAAGACCACACUGAGCAACUCACGUGUGAGCUGAAAAUCCUCCGUUACUACGCCCACACAGACAGAAAUCGAACUGCGCGACCGCGCGACGCGCGCCUUCAUCGACAGCCCCACUGCGCAGAUCGUCAUGGCGCUCAUCAUCAUCCUCAACGUUGUUCUCGUGGAGUCUCCAGCCUUGAAAUAUCCGCCCGCGAAUACGUCGGGCACAGCGCGAGCGAGGCUGUGAAGAUGAAGCGGAACACGCCGCUCUUCGCGACGUUGUGCGGCUUCAACUUCUUCACCGCGACUGCGUUCUUCGUGGAAAUGAUUCUCCGCGUCCGGUGCGGCAGCGCGGCGCACUUCAAGGACUUUGUCAUAAUCAGUGACUUUGCCAAUGCGUGGUUCGGCGUCGCCAAUCUUGUCGUUGUCUCCGUCAGCUUCCUCCAGAGACUCGACAACGAGGUCUUGAACUCGGCUGUCGCGCUGCUGUGGGCCACGGGGCCACGUAGAACGGACCUGCUGCCAGUGUCUAGUCAGGGCAGAGGGCCUCCUUCGGUUGGGGCGGAUGGACCGACUGCAGACGAGAGGUCGGAAGCUACUGGGAAGAGAUGCAAAGCAGGCGACAUGAUGAGGAAAGAGCGCGAAGGGAAGGGGGAAUGGGGCGCGGCAGAAAAACCUGACACCGUUAUCCUCGAGGCGUUUUCGGGGACGGAAGGCCGGCUUGAGGACGAGGCGUCUCAUUUCUCCACGUUCACCGACUUUCGGGCGAACGAGCAGUGCUUUACAAGCGCCAUGGCGACAGCUCGUCUUCUGCGACGCGCCGCCGCCACCUGUUGUCUACGGGCUGAACGCGGCGUCAGUGGUUUGACGCGGUUGAGCAGUCGAGGCCUUUCCGCGGACCUGUGCGCCUCUGUGGUCCGCGAAGAGCACGGGGAAUAUGGAGAGGAGGAGGACGACGGAGACCCUGGGCCGGAUGGCCAGCUGCGCCAUGAGGACAUCGGCGGCGGAGGCUUCACACAGGCGAUAGGCGAUCGAGAGGAGGGACAAGCCGCCACCGAGUUGGUGCCGCUGCCACAGACAACGCCCGAGAGCAGAAGCCAGUUUCCGGGUUCAUUCCCUCUCCCACGAGAGGAGACACCGCGACGCAGAAGGAAGGCUGCGACCUCUCGGGCUUGGGGGACAGGGGCCGGGAAGACAAGUCACCGCGGACCAAGAAUUCUGUGUCCACUCCGACUCUCCACUUCGGGGGAGGGGCGCGGCGCUGCCGCUGAUGGACAUCUUGACUCUCCGGAGGAGGCGGAUGUCCUCUUGGGUGACAGGCUGUCGACGUGGCGCGUAACGCGAGCGGCGGCAAAAGGGCAGUUUCAGUGCACACGAUGGGCCGUUGAAUUCGCUGCCUCCGAGCCCCUCGGGGUCCCGACUUUGUCCGAGGCCGCGAGUAAAGACUUUCUGGGGCGGAACAGCUUGGACAAGUCGGACUACGGGUGGGAGACGGCAAGUGGUGGAAAUGAAGUCGCGGGGAUUUGGCGAGCGACCCGCAUGCGGAGACGGCUGUCAAGACGUGGACUGGAUUCGCUUUCAGGUGUGACAGAGAACAGGCCGCAUCUUGUCCCCAAUACUCUCGACAAGGCUUUUAUCGAUAGUGUGCCUGAUAGUCCGUUUCUGGAUAUGACGCGCUCGCACCCUCCGCAGAUUCUCGGCGAUACACAUGUGCAGGUGGCCAUGCGAGUAAUCUCGUAA